GGAGCUGCCCUGCGCCUCGGCAGCGCCCGCUCCGCCUCCUGCCGCGGGCGCGGCCACCGGGCUGCGGCCCCGGCCGAGCGGGGAGCCCGGAGGCCGCCGCCGGGGCUCGGCGGGGGGGGGGGGUGGGGGAAGGGGAAGGUGAUGCUCGGCCGCGCUCCGCGCAGCAUCCUGCCGCCCGGGCGUCCCGCGGCGCGGGGGCUGGGGGGAGCGGGGCGGCGAGCCCGCCGGUAGCCCCGUGCUGGGGUCGCUCCUGGCAGCGGGACCCCCACACGCACCAUCACCCCGCUCCGCGGGAGCUCCGGCCCCUGCGCCCGCCCCCCACCCCCCCCCGCGGAGGAUGCUCCUGGGCGGUGGCCGGACCCCCGCCCGCUGCCCGGCCUGCGGCUCCCGCCUCCCGGCGCUGUCCCGGGGGCCGGCGGCCAGGCCCGGGCACCGCGUCCUGGGCGGCGGUUCUCGGCCUCCGCAGGGCAGCAUGAUCCCCCGGCGGGGGCCCGGCGCUCCAGGGACGGCGAGAGAGGAGGAAGCCCCGGGGCCGUGCUCUGCCUUUGGCCGGCAGCUCUAGGCCGGCUCUCCGGCCGGGAUGCGAAGGUACCGGUGAGGCUGGUUCUGUUCCCAGGACAACCCGCGGAGCUUCUGGCGGCCGCGGGUCCCGCGUGGCUGUGGGCGCUGCCCCGAGCACCCCACCCGGGGGGCAGGAAAGAGCCGCCGUCAGCAUCCCUCGGGAGGCGAAAGGUGGAGCCCGGCCCGUUCCCGCAGAGCAUCCAUUCCUGCUUCCCCCGGGUCGGCCCCGUCCCGGCGCGGUGCUGCCGCCUGCCCCGGGGCUCUGGGGCCGGCUGCCCCCCCGUGUCCCCCGCCCCGGGGCAGCCAUGCCCUCCCCCAGCGAUUCCAGCCGCUCGCUGACCGGCCGCACGUCUCGCAGCCUCACCCACCUCCGCGUCCAGCGGACCUGGCUGCAGAUCCUGCUGGUGCUGGGCUUCAUCCAAGUGAUCCUGGGUGUCCUGAUCGUCACCUUCAGCCUGGUGGCAGCCACCAUCACACCCUCCAGCAAGAUCCGGCACUCCUGCCCGUCCUGGGCCGGCUUCUCGCUGGCGCUGUCAGGGCUCAUCGGCAUCGUCUCCUGGAAGCGGCCGCUCACCCUGGUGAUCACCUUCUUCACGCUGCUGUCGGUGCUGGGCGUCAUGCUGAGCCUCGCUGGGUCCAUCCUGUCCUGUCAGAACGCGCAGCUGGUGAAGUCUUUGGAGGCCUGUGAGAGGGACAGGGACUCGUGUAUCUGCUGCCAGGCCCACUUGGAGCCCCCCCCAGCCUCCUGCAGCCGGCAGAGCGAGAUGCUGACCAUGUUCCCCAACCCCGACUGCCGGAGCAUCCGCAUGGCGCUCAAGGACCUCCUCUUCAGCGUCUGUGGCUUGACCAUCUUUUCCACCAUCAUCUGCACGCUCUCUGCUGUUGUGUGCUGCAUCCAGAUCUUCUCCCUCGACAUUGUUCAUGUGCUGGUCCCCCAGCGCUCGAGCUCCGUGACGCUGGAAUGCACGUCCCCCCCCGACACCUUUCUGCAGAGCAUGAUGGACUUUGAGGAGUUUGUGCCCCCGGUGCCGCCACCCCCCUACUACCCACCUGAGUACACCUGCAGCUCCGAGACCGAUGCGCAGAGCAUCACCUACAACGGCUCCAUGGACAGCCCUGUGCCCCUCUACCCAACUGACUUCCCCCCUUCGUAUGAGACCGUGAUGGGGCUGAGGGGAGACAGCCAGGCCACCCUGUUUGACUCGCAGCUGACGGACGGCUCGCACGCCUGCACCUGCGACCGCGUCCCCUCCAUCGUGCUCAGCGGAGAAGUGUCCAUGGACAGCGGGUCCCUGAUCAUGUCUGAGAUCAUGGACAUCCCCGGGGACAGCAGCCCCUCGGAGGACUCGUGCCUCCUGGAGCUGCAGGGCUCCAUGCGCUCCGUCGAUUACGUCCUCUUCCGCUCCAUCCAGCGCAGCCGUGCGGACUACUGCCUGAGCGUGGACUGCGUGCAGUGCAGCCACCACGCGCGCAGCCCCACGCUGGGCUUACAGGGGCCCUUCGAGGAGACACCCCAGCCCCGGGUGCGGGGGGAGCGCUCCUACUCCUGCUCCACGGCGGAGCCUGGCCACAAUGGCAUCUUGGUGGGGGGAGCCGUCACCCACAGCUGCAAUCGCCUGGAGGGGUUGGCCCGCUGCAUCGGCCCCUGCUUCCCUGAGGUGCGGCUCAAGGAGAAGAGCUCGCUGCAGGGGCGCGGGGGUGGCCGCUCUGCGGGGCCCAGCACCGGGCGCCUCUGCCACCCACGGCGCAACAGCGAGACCUCCUGCCCCUCAUCCCCGGCCCCGGGGCUGAGCCAGCGCCUGCUCGUGAGGUCGCACAGUGACCCCGGUGUCCUGAUGGCCAGCCAUGCUGCAGAUUUCAGGGAAGUACUUUAUACCAAAGCACUGGAGGACACCGUGUCCAACUCCUCUGCGGAUACAGGGCUGUGCUCGGAGGCCUGCCUGCUCCGCCGUUCACACUGUGACUCCCCGCCGCUGCUCCGGGCCAGCUCGGUGGGGAAGAGCAAGCUGCUGCCCUCCAAGAAGGUGACACAGCAGCUGUCGAAGACAACCACCCGUUCGCUGGGGGACCUCAAGGUCUGCCGGGGCACCCGUGGGCUGGUGGCCAGGUUCCUGCAGAGGCCCAAGCGCAGCCCGGCAGCUGGCGUGGAAGUGCCUGGGCACAGCUCCCAGCGCCACAAGCAGGUUCCCUGGAGCGCCUGGUCGGGAGCAGAGCGUCCCCAUGAAGGCAUCCACCUGCAGAGCUGCGGGGAUCUGAGCUCCACCUCGUCCCUGCGACGACUCCUGUCUGCCCGCCGGCUGGAGCGCGGCCGCCCACGGAGCCUCAGCGGGACCUGCAAGGAGAGUGUCCUCUGAUGGUGCACCCCCCCACCCGCGGCACAGCCUCCGCAGGGACCCUCCCUGUGCCCCGGUGUGGAGAAGGGGGUCCCACUCUGGGCCAGGGCCCUCGGACAUUGCUCAGACAUUGUUGCUGCUCCAGCAGGGCUGGGUCCCUGCGCCACUGCCCUGGGGCCUCCUGCGCCCCUUCCCCAGGCGGGGCCAGGGCGAGGGGCUGGUCCCCUGGGGUGUCUGCUGGGGGGCCAAGAUGGCCAUACCUGUCCCCUGCGCUGGCCGUGCCUGUCCCCUGCCCUGUGCCAGCUGUGCCUGUCCCCUGGGAUGGCCAUGUCCAUCCCUUGCCCUGUCCCCCGUGCCGGCUGUGCCUGCCCGUGUGCCCGCCGUGCCUGUCCCCUGGGAUGGCCAUGUCCAUCCCCUGCCCUGUCCCCCGUGCCAGCUGUGCCUGCCCCUGUGCCCGCCGUGCCUGUGCCCUGGGAUGGCUGCGCCUGUCCCCUCCCGCGCUGGCCGUGCCUGUCCCCUGCCCCGUCCCCUGUGCCAGCCGUGCCUGUAACCCGGGACGGCCAUGCCUGUCCCCCGCAUCGGCCGUGCCCAUGCCCUGUGCUGGCCAGGCUCGUCCCCUGCCCUGUCCCCCUACCCUGGCCGUGCCUGUCCUCAGCCCCGUCCCCGCUCCCCUGCGCUGGCCGUGACCCGGCUCCUGCCUGGCUCCCCCCGGGGCCGGGCCCGCGGCGUUCCCAGCCGCGCUGCCCCUCGCUACAGACCGAAUAAAGGUGGUGGCCGCCC